GCAAAAGUCAUACCUCCAACAAAACAUACUCGAACAAAUCAACUCACUCCCACCAAGAAGUUCCCUUUGAUCCGACUCUCCAAUGACUUCUGCUAUUCUACAGCUGCCAAUGAUGUCAAUUCUUCGAUCCUCGGUUAUUCCACCUGCUCGACGACAAUCAGCAGCUUGAAGCAUCAAGGCCUGCUAUCCACCAUCGGACUUGAUACAGAGCUCGAUAGUUCGCUUCGCCAUCUAUGCAAUCCUUCGAGUCUCAAUCCCACGCUUCAACCCCUACCAAUUAACCCAGAGGCUCUCCACAUGAACCUCCCCUGACUCUUCCAUUCCCCCGGAUUCACCCCGCAUCGACUUAUCUCACUCCUCCACCUCCACCUCCACCUCCACCACCAUCAUCAUCUCUCUCCCAAUCCUCAAACAAAGACACCAACCCACCACCAACAUGUCAACAGCCACCACCCUCGAAGAGAAAUUGCGCAUCCUCCACAGUUACUCUGCCUGCGACAUCUCCGACGCUCUCCUCAAACUCCAAACCCCAAGUCCCGGAACCCCAGCCCGCGCCGGCCACCUCGCCGACCUAACCCCCUACCCAAACCCCGCAAACCACCACCAGAACCCUAAGAUUAUCGCCCCAGCCUCAACCAUCAGAUUCAUCUCCAAACACGCCGAGCAUCCCGCAGCGAGCACCAACAUCCCAGAAAACACCUUCCCGCCCAACACGCACUGGGUCGACACCGUCGACCGGGACACGAUCGUCGUCGUCGACCAGCCACCGACCCAACACUGCGCGGUCGUGGGGGGCAUCAUGGCGCUGCGCAUGAAGCACCUGGGCGUGACGGGGGCGGUGGUGAACGGGCGCGUGCGCGACCUGGCCGAGUUUGCGGAGUGUGGGCUCCCCGUGUGGGCGCGGGGCACGUCGACGGUGGGGAGUGGUGCGGAGGCGAAGGCGGUCGCCCGUAAUGUCGCUGUUGAUGUGGGUGGGGUGGUUGUUCAGCCUGGCGAUAUCAUUGUCUGUGAUCCCGUGGAAGGCGUGGUGGCUAUUCCACGCGAUCUGCUCGAUGCCGUUCUGGAGACGAUGCCGACGUUGGUGGCGAUGGAUGAUCGGGUUAAGGAGGCUGUGGGCCAGGGGGUCAGUGUGUUUGAGGCCUUUAAGCGGUUUCGUGGGAAGAUUUAGAUCUCGUCUCUGUUGUGGGCAUUCGUGGAUGGGCACGGGAGUCCAUGUGGUUGGGCUUGGAGGUUCUGGGUUUACCACUGCUCCUGUUAUCUAUACGCAGCUCGAUAGAAGUAAACACCUGACCAGUUUCAGAUGAUACGGAUGGAAGCUAUUUCAUCCCUGAAUGGUAUUAGACCUGAUCCAGA